AUGUCGUCCACGCCGCCGGCCGUUGCAUCCCCCGCCUCCGAGCAAACCAAAUCCAAGAAGAAGAAGCACAAGUCUAAGGACAUCCCCGCCACCGAUCCGCCAUCGCUCGCCGAGGCCGAGGAGAAGACUGAUGGCUACCUAAUCAAGCCCCAGUCCCUGGUGCCGUCCCUCGACACCUCCACCUGGCCGCUCCUCCUCAAGAAGUACGACCGCCUCAACGUCCGCACUGGCCACUACACCCCGCUCCCCUCCGGCCACUCGCCGCUCAAGCGCCCCCUCGCCGAGCACCUCCGCUACGGCGUCAUCAACCUCGACAAGCCGUCGAACCCGUCCUCCCACGAGGUGGUCGCCUGGAUCAAGCGCCUCCUCCGCGUCGAGAAGACCGGCCACAGCGGCACGCUCGACCCCAAGGUCACCGGCAACCUCAUCGUCUGCGUCGACCGCGCCACGCGCCUCGUCAAGUCGCAGCAGGGCGCCGGCAAGGAAUACGUCUGCGUCGCCCGCUUCCACGCCGCCGUGCCGGACACCGCGCGCGUGGCCCGUGCGCUAGAGGCGCUCACGGGCGCCGUGUUCCAGCGCCCGCCGCUCAUCUCCGCGGUCAAGCGCCAGCUCAGGGUGCGGACCAUCUACGAGAGCAAGCUCCUGGAGCACGACCCCGAGCGCCACCUCGCGGUGUUCUGGAUCUCCUGCGAGGCAGGUACCUAUGUCCGGACUCUGUGUGUGCACCUUGGGCUGCUUCUUGGUGUCGGCGCGCAUAUGCAGGAGCUGCGCCGUGUCCGGUCGGGGAUCCUCGGGGAGCAGGACAACAUGGUGACCAUGCACGACGUGAUGGACGCCAUCUGGUCGCUUGACAACUACAAGGACGAGUCCUACUUGAGGCGCGUCGUCAUGCCGCUGGAGGUACUGCUUACUAGCUACAAGAGGCUUGUCGUGAAGGAUUCUGCCGUGAAUGCUAUCUGCUAUGGCGCUAAGCUUAUGAUCCCCGGCCUGCUCCGGUUUGAGAAUGAUAUUGAGACCGGGGAGGAGGUUGUUCUGAUGACUACAAAGGGGGAGGCGAUUGCCAUAGGUAUUGCCGAGAUGACCACUGCUGUUAUGGCAACCUGUGACCAUGGCGCGGUCGCAAAGAUCAAGAGGGUUGUGAUGGACAGAGACACAUACCCGAGGAAGUGGGGGCUUGGUCCAGUGGCACUCAAGAAGAAGAAGAUGAUCGCUGAGGGCCUCCUUGAUAAGCAUGGGAAGACAAAUGAGAAGACCCCAGCUGAGUGGCUUCGCAAUGUGGUGCUUCCCCCUGGUGGCGAUGUAUCGAUUGCUAGCAUUGCAGCUGCUCCCGAGCCAGAGAAGGUGAAGGCGGAACAGGACGCAGUUGUCGGUGAAGAGGUCAAAGAGAAAAAGAAGAAGAGGCAAAAGGAUGAGAAUGAUGACGACGAUGCUUCCGUUCCGGCGAAGAAGAUCAAGGCUGAGGAAGCUGCCGAGGCAGUGGAAGGGGAGAAGAGCGAGAAAAAGAAGAAGAAAAAGAAAGAUAAGGGCGAAUCAGGAUCAGCUGACGUGGUGGAAGUGAAGGAGGCGGAGAAGGCUGAUGAGAAGGGCAGCGAAAAGAAAAAGAAGAAGAAGAAGAAGAGCAAGGAAGGAAGCGCAGCUGCGGAUCCAGGGAGCGCUGAGCACGAAGAUGGUGCAGGAGCUGAGAAGAGUGAGAAGAAAAAAGAGAAAAAAAAGAAGAAGAGUCGAGAGACACAGAGGAGGCAGAGUAAUUAG